GAGAGACGAAUUCGUGAUAAUGGGUUCGCUUAAGGAAAGUCAAAGAAGAGACAUGGAAGAAGAUGAAUCAGAAGAGCCGCUUUUGAUGGCACAGAACCAGAGAUUCACUAUGUUCCCCAUUAGGUACAAAUCGAUUUGGGAGAUGUAUAAGAAGGCUGAAGCUAGUUUCUGGACUGCUGAAGAGGUUGAUCUUUCCACUGAUACGCAACAAUGGGAAGCCUUGACGGAUUCAGAGAAACAUUUUAUCAGCCAUGUUCUGGCUUUUUUCGCGGCAUCAGAUGGUAUUGUAUUGGAGAAUUUGGCUGCUAGAUUCUUGAAUGAUGUCCAAGUUCCAGAGGCUCGUGCUUUCUAUGGAUUUCAAAUAGCCAUGGAGAACAUUCAUUCAGAGAUGUACAGCUUACUUCUGGAGACAUUCAUAAAGGACUCUAAGGAGAAGGAUAGAUUGUUCAAUGCUAUCGAAACCAUUCCUUGUAUUUCCAAGAAGGCAAAAUGGUGUUUAGAUUGGAUUCAAAGUCCUAUGUCGUUUGCUGUGAGGGUGGUCGCAUUUGCAUGCGUCGAAGGAAUCUUUUUCUCAGGAAGUUUCUGUGCCAUCUUCUGGCUUAAGAAGAGGUGUCUUAUGCCGGGUUUGACCUUCUCAAACGAGCUUAUAUCGAGAGACGAGGGGCUCCACUGUGACUUUGCGUGUCUCUUGUACAAUUUGCUGCAGAAGCAGCUUCCGUUGGAGAAAGUUUAUCAAAUUGUUCACGAGGCAGUGGAAAUUGAGACAGAGUUUGUCUGCAAGGCUCUUCCUUGUGAUCUGAUCGGAAUGAACUCAAACCUCAUGAGUCAGUACAUACAAUUUGUCGCUGACCGUCUUCUGGUUACCUUGGGAUGUGAAAGGAGAUACAAAGCAGAAAAUCCAUUUGACUGGAUGGAGUUCAUUUCUCUGCAAGGAAAGACAAACUUCUUUGAGAAGAGAGUUGGAGAGUAUCAGAAGGCAUCGGUUAUGUCGAACCUCCAAAAUGGAAGUAAGAACUACGAAUUCACGACUGAAGAGGACUUCUGAAUGAAACCGCCAUCGAAUCUGGAAGGGCUCAUCAAAGUUAGAUUCUUUACGAGUCAUCAUUCUUUUAGCCCAAAACCAGUAGUAGUAGUAAUAGAAGAGGCCAUAUUUUGACUUCACUUAGCAAAGGAUGUUAUUUAUGUUCUCUAUUUCACCAUCACUUGUGUCUUCUCCAUUGUGUAAUAUUAACAUCUUAGUUAAAUCAAAUCUCAUUAUAUUA